UAUCGCAUUGUCCAAACGAACUGUGCUAAGGAUUUAUAAUUUAUAAAAUUUGGAAAAACAUAAUAAAACAAAACUACGUUACAAAUUUCAAGAUCAAACGCUUAAACCAACAAAAUGCCACCUGUAUCAAACAUAUAUCAUCAAGCUCCUUCAUGCUGGGAUAGGGUAAAACAGGGUUUUAUGAUUGGAUUUUGUGUUGGCAUGGCAUCUGGUGUUAUAUUUGGCGGAUAUUCUGUUAUUAGAUAUGGACUACGAGGAAAAGAAAUGAUAAGAAAUCUUGGGAAAGCAGUGCUUCAAGGUAGUGGAACAUUUGGAACAUUUAUGGCCAUAGGAAGUGGAAUAAGAUGCUAA